GGACGAGAAAAAAAAAUGGGUUUAUCAGAAAUCUAUUGUGAAGAUUGUGAAGACAUAAAGCGGGAUGGUGACAAAAAACAUAAGUAAUAAGAUUUGGAGAAUUUACAUUCUAAACAGAAACGUGGGUGGUCCGGCCUCGGCCACUGUCGACCCACCUCGCCUGGGCCGGGAAUUACAAUCAAAGCAACCACAUACAACUGAACAGAGAACUCUGUGUUCACUUCAGUGUGCGAGACAGAUGCGAACCAAUCCGAUCGUUCCUCGCCGUCCGUACGAAUUGUUUACUUUCGAAAGCAUGUUGAGGCAACGGAACUGUUGUGGUCUCCCCGUGCCGGAGUCCUGUCACAUGGGCAGCAAUUAGUGCCAGUGGAUCGUGGCUCCAGAGGGUUCAGAUGUGCAGUGCAAGGUUCGCCGAUGAUUGGGCCUGAGUGCUAUCCGUGCUGGAACCGUAUGUCCGUCGAGGAUGGCCUCCAUGGCGCCAUCGGACUCGACGACGGAGUCUACAGAGAGGCACGAGUCAGAUCUUUACAUCAGACCCGGCUGGGUCGACGCAGAUAUUGCCCUAGUUCAACUAGACCAGGGGAAAGCACAAGGAGAUCGUGGUAUUUUGUGGGUGCGAGGACGCAUUCAAAAGCAGUUGCGUGUAUUGGGGAAAAUUUUGGACGCUCAUGCCGGGAAAGUCCUCUUCGUGAGCAUACUGGCAAUAGCUACAUUUUCAGUAGGACUAAAGAGCAAGACAUUUCAUUCGGACAUCGAGCUGCUUUGGGCCGAGCCUUCAGUUACAUCCGAAACCUCAUCGGAGAUGCUCCCCAAUUAUCAAAUGGUCCUCCAGACUGGCUCGGAUUCAGAUGUGGACCUUUUGAAUCCACAUGGCCUCCUUGAGCAUUUGGCUCUUGUGCAAAAAGCCUCGCAAGUUACUGUCACCAAGUUCGACAUCACGUGGACCCUGAAGGACUUCUGCCAGUCGCCUCCUUAUCCGAAUUUCGAUCCGCACUACAUGAAUCAAAUAUUCGAAAAAACGAUUCCUUGUUCCAUCGUAACGCCGUUGGAUUGCUUUUGGGAGGGGGCGAAACUUCACGGUCCCGAUCAUCCUGUUUAUAUACCGGGCAUUGGUAGUCAAAUUAAAUGGACGAAUUUGCACCCCAUGGGGAUGAUAUCUCAGUUCAAGCAAAGGACAGCCCAGUAUGACUUUAGCAAAGUCGAAGAUUACUUCAAGCGCGCGGGAAUCACAACAGGAUAUCUAGAAAAACCUUGCCUCAAUCCUCGAGAUCCUGAUUGUCCGGAUACGGCGCCUAAUAAAAAUCACACGCACCAUCCGGACAUUGGAGCCGAGAUAACCAGCGGUUGCUACGGCUUUGCUACGAAAUACAUGCACUGGCCCGAAGACCUCAUAGUCGGCGGGAUUCAGAAGAACAAGACUGGUCAUAUUAAAAAAGCGAAGGCUUUGCAGACGGUGGUGCAGCUCAUGAAUGAACACGAAUUGUACGAAUUAUUAUCCGAUAAUUACAAAGUUCAUCACAUUAGCUGGAGCAAAGAUAAAGCAACUGUUGUCCUAAAUGCUUGGCAGAAGAAGUUUGCUGAGGAAGUAGAACGAUUAUCGAAAAACGGCCCUUCGUCAUCUUACGUUUUCUUCACGUUUUCAACAGCCAACGCUAACAAGCUUCUGAUGGAGUAUUCCCGUACUGAUGUCGUGAAAAUCGGCAUUGUCUUGGGCAUAGCCUGCCUCUACGGUUGGGUAACUCAUUCAGCCAUUGCCGCUUUAGGUGUUCUAGUCUUAGCAAGUUCCACAGCAGCUGCUCUCGGGGUGUGCAGCCUCAUAGGCCUCCCCAUGAACCUAUUAAGUACUCAUGUGUUACCUUUUAUAACAGUAGGACUCGCAAUGAGAGAAAUGUUCCUCAUUCUAUCGACUAGCACGCGAAAACUCUUACCGGCCGAAGUGUUACAGCGGACAGGACCUAGUAUUAUUUCGGCGGCGUUUAUCAAUUCGGGCGCGUUCGUGGCGGCUGCCAUUUUGCCGAUACCCGCGUUACGAGUGUUUUGCUUGCAGUGCGCUAUCAUGAUCGUUUUCCACGGCGUCGCGCUCAUGGUGAUUUUCCCGGCGUUUUUGUCGUUGCAACAGAGAUGCAAGGAAGCUGGCGUCCCUUGCUUCAGAUCGGAAUCCAGGCCCAAAGUGCCUAAUAACAACAACAACAACAAGCACGCGAGCAAUGUUAACAACAAUCCUGAUGUGGAGCAUGGCAGUAAUCUGUUAACUGCAGAACAAGUAUGCCAGAAGAAGAAAGGCGGAUUUGUAGCAUGGUGUGUAACGCGAUAUUUAACGACUGUCCUCUUCAGACCCUUUAUGAAAGUACUGAUGUGCUUGACGUACGCGGUGCUGAUCAUUUUCUGUAUGUUCAACGGACUGAAAUUAGAAUUCGAUGUAAGGCUUUCAACGUUUUUACCUAAAAAUACUCAAGAGUACAAAUAUUUAGAAGCGCACAAUAAGUUUUUCGGCUUUUAUAAUUUCUAUUUGGUUACCACGGAGCUGGAGUAUCCCCUGAAUCAGCCUCUAUUGUACGAGUAUCAUUCCUCACUGACGCAAGUUCCUCACGUUUUGAAAGAUUCGAAUGGCGGCCUGAAUAUGAACGACUUCUGGCUAGCGAAUUUUAGAGAGUUCCUGGUCGAUUUGCAGCAGGAAUUCGAUUACAAUCGAAAUAACAAUUGUUUAAAUAGCGAGAAGUGGUUCCCGAAUGCGACGGAAAAAGCAGUAUUAGCGUUCAAAUUGUUAUCGCAGACUGGUGUAGUGCAGUAUCCUGUUGACAAAAGUCAAAUAUUGAAGAAAAGACUGGUGAGAAACAAUAUUAUUGAUCCGAAUGCUUUUUAUAAUUACUUAUCUGUGUGGAAUAGCAACGAUCAAAUAUCGUAUUCGAGCUCUCAAGGUAACCUAACGCCCAAACCUUUUGAAUACGAAAGCUCCAAAAUUGACAUGGAUUUGCGAAUUCCUAAGUCACAACCUCUUGUUUAUACACAAAUGCCUUUUUAUCUGAAGAACCUAAAAACUACCUCAAGUAUCGUUGCUACUUUGAAACAGAUCAAAGAUAUAUCGGAGCAAUUCAACAACAGAGGAUUGAAGAAUUUUCCUAUAGGUUUAAUAUUUUCUUAUUUUAAUCAAUUUUUAUUUUUUGAUCGGUUUCUUGCGGCUCAGUUACUUUUAACUCUUCUUUCGGCAGCUGUAGUGGCAUGCGUUCUGGUACAGUGGAUCAAACUCUGGUGUGCUUUGUUCAGUACUCUAGCAUGCCUCUUACUAUUAUGUUUACUAAACGUAAACGCUCUUAGCGGGACUAUAGGAGCAUUACAUUUCAUUAUUAUCACAAGAAACAUUUUUCUUAUUCUCACUGGUUACUUGAGUUCGAUCGGUAACCGCGAAAGAAGAGUUAAACUGUCCCUCGAAAUCAAUUCGGAGCCAAUACUGAAAGGCGAUUUAGGUUUGCUCGUUUGUUCUGCAGUUCUAGCAACAUCGCAAUUCGAAUUCAUCCACCUACACCUAUUCUCGUUAAUUUUAUUAUCAGUGGGCGGUUCGCUGGCAAAUUCUUUCAUAUUCUUCCCGUUACUACUAGCUCUUGUUGGGCCAAAAGCAGAAUUGCAGCCUAUUGAACAUACAGAUAGAAUAUCAACACCGCCACCCUCAGUUCCUUCCCCCGUUCCGACUAGAAAUACAUUUUCAAAGCCUCCAAAACGGAAUGCUUCCAAUAAGACUACUAGAGAACCUAGUUUAACUACCAUAACCGAAGAAAGCUGUAACCAGAGCAUCGUCGUCGAGCCUCAAGUAACGGUGGAAUACAGCAGCCCAGAAUCGAGCUCCAGCGGCCAAUUCACUACUAAAGUGACCGCUACAGCUAACAUAAAAGUGGAAGUAGUAGCCCCUGUAUAUAGAUCUGGAAAGUGCAACACCAAAUGCCAUCGUUCAUUUAAGAGUGACAGACGGAAAAGGCAGGAGCAAAACCAAAAACAGUGCCGGUGCUGUAAAGACUCGACUAGUAGUGAUAGUAACACAGAGACUGAGCAGUGUCCUAGUAGCUAGCAUCUUGUUACCAUUUAAGUGUAAAAUAUGUUUAUAGUGAAUAUAUGUAUACCAAGCAUUUAUUUAUUUAAAGAUGAACCAUGUAUGAUAUAGCAAAUAAGGGGAGCUUACUAUUCGAGAUAUGUAGUUUGUAAACUAGUUGAGGGAUUUUUGAAAAAUACUGCAAACAAUCUUUCGGCCUAUAAGCUCUCCUUGUAAGUACAUAUAUUAUGUAUAGAGGGCGAUGUGGGAGCAUCUCUCAGAAAAAGCGGGUAAUCCAAACUUAUACGUUUACGCACAUUCAAUAAGAUUUGACAAAAAUACUUUAAAUUUACUACAUUGUGAACUUAUUAAAUUAUCACAAGCAUUGCAAACAAGUUGAAGUAAUUUUGUCAAAUAAUACAUAUUAUAGUUUAGGGUUUAAUCAUAGUUUAGCAAAUUUUAUUUAAAUCAAAUUGGUAAAUUUUUAAAUUCGAAAAUAUGAAUUGAUAAUAAAUUAGGGUAAUUUACAAUUGUUUCAUAAUGUAAUGAAGAGGGACCAUAUUUUUCUAAUUUAAACACUAUUCAAAUGUAUGCAACAAUGUGGAUGUAAUUAAUUUUGUACGUUUCAGGAUCUCAUUUUGAAGUAGAAAAAAAAACUUUUUUCCACAAAGCCCAAACUUACGUGUAUUUUCGCCAUUUUUACAUUGUAAAUUCCAUACCAAUACUUAAACUGGACUUAUAGUUAGUUCCGUAUUAUUUAUAUUAUUAUUUAAGUAAAUAUUUUGACAGUAUUUUGAGUUUCUUUUACCUCGCCUAAGACUUAAAAUAUUUCCCAGAAUAAUUAAAAUUUAAAUAAAACAAUCAUAGUGACUUACGUUUUAAUAUUUACAUGAAAUUAUGAAAUAUAACGAAAUUUUUCCGAUACAAUUCAAAGAAAAAAUAAAUUUUGGUGUAGGAACAGAACUGAUUUUCGAAAUAAAAAGCUCAAAUUCGCACAAUAUGCAUAGAACUGUUCUGAAAAUUUUGAUAAAAUGACAUUUUUUUGUUUUUUUUAUUUUUAUAAUUUUUUUGUGUUAUUGGAAGACAAUUCGCAAAUACUUCCACAACAAUCUUUACAACCUAACUUAUAAUAUAUAUAUGUACUUAAAUGCAAGAAUAAGCAAACACUAAAUUACACCCAUUAUCACAUUUUUUUCUUAAUUUCUCUGUCUGUGAUAAGCGUUGUCAUUUUAACAAUUGCACCAAAACGCUCUCAUCCCUUAUCGACAGGCAGAGAAAUUACUUUAUAAAUUUUAUAAAUAAUUUUAUGCUCACACACAAAAUUAAUAAUAGGGUAUUUAAAACAAUUAAACGGUACAAUACCCAUGCCCUGUCAAGAUACAGAACAGGAGUUGAAAAAAAUUAAUAAAAAUAGAGUAUAUUUAAAACAAAAAAACGUAGGUACUAAAAAAACAAAUUUAAUUUAGCUCCGCUCCAACUUUUCAUCGACGAAGAAAAACCCAGAUAAUCAAACACUCGUGCCGUAUUAAAAACACGACAAAAAUUUUAUUUGACAUUUGCGGCAGUGUCAUAUGAUUUGUAUAAAAAUAAAAAAUGAAGUUGGAGCAAUUAAGCGGCUUUUUGGAUUUACAAUUUAAAAAAUUGAAUUUCAAAUUUACGAGUUCUGCCGUUCUUGAAACAAAACUAGACUAAAGUACCUCCUACUUAUAAUUACUAAACUUACUACAAUUACUUAUUUUAAUUUUUAAGCAUUUAACCAAUUUAGCUAUAAUUUUUUAUUAAUAAAUAAUUGUUUAGUUAAUUUAUCAUAAAAAUCGAACGGUCUCCGUAACAAUGAAAUUUUAAAUUCAAUCUUUCAACAGUAUGCUUUCCUCUUCCUUAGGCAAGUUAAUUCCCGUUUGCAAAUUUCUUAAAAUCAAAGUAGUAUGAAUCUAAUUUAGUGUACCGUACGGAUUUAAUCGGUUAUUAAUAAUAGGCAGAUAAGUGGAAGAGGACUUAUGUAGUGUCUUCGUUAAUAUAUUUUGUAAUAAAGUGCCCAGGUCGAAGACUUUUGAGAUGAAAGCAGAUCAAAAAUUUUAUAAACAGGUAAAAGACCUGGAUUCGUUUAUACUGGAUCCCUUGUGUGAAUUUUUGACUAGAAAAAAUUUCCUAAACAUAUCCCAAUUGCUCGUUUUAUUCUAGAAUUUAUUUGAUAUGUAGAAAAUUAUUUUUCAAUAGCGAUUUAUUUCAAUACACGUAGAGAAAUAAGAAAAUUAUCAGAAUUAAUUUAAGAAACUUGCGUAAUUUACAAGGGUAUCCCAUUUUCUUAAAUACACCCAAAUUGUGUACCUAAAUUUAUAAAAUUAUUGUGACCACGUCCACCAUCAAAAAAGACUUGAACACUUUUUAUACAUAAUACGUACAGAGCUUUUAACAAUUAAUAUUAAUUCAAGUAUAUAAUAAUGGAUAGAAAGUACUCGAUUUUGCGUUGUAGCUUAGUAAUACCAUCAUAUUAAAUAACAAGCAGCUAUUCAUUAUUGAAGUGCAAAAAUAAGGAAUUGUUCAAUUUUAUGAAUUCUCUUAGUCAAUAUUAUUAUUAUUAUUAUUAUUAAAUUAUUAUUAAUAUUAUUAAGUUUUAGAAUAUAUAAUAUUACUAGUAGAUGAUUGUAAAAACUACUCGUGGAACUUCCACAUGAACUUCACACAAUUUCGGAUACUUUCCGUACAAUAUAAUAAUUCAUUGUGUCCGAUUUCCUACGAAAUUACUUGAAAUAUUAUAAGUACAGUCUAAUCGAACUAAAUUAAAACAAUUUAAAAAAUAAAACAUCCUGUACGUUAUAACUAUCUUAAAAUUAUUUGAAUUACUUUACUGCAAAUUUUACAAUGCAUAUUGAGCAACUCGAAAUUGAAAUUAAAGGAUCUUUCAUUGUCUAGCGAUUGAUAUAAUUUAAAAUAAUAAACGAAACAGUUUUACCAUUGAUAAAGUAAUUCAAAUAAUUUUUAGAUCCCAACUAAGCUAAAAGUGUGAACAAACCAAAUCUAAUGAGUACAAAUAAAAGAACAAAUAAAACGUAACAACUGACUAACUAAUAAUUAACUAAAAAAAUACGCCUCCUAACUACACGGAAACAUUGUCAAGAGAUCCACUUCCCACAAUUUUCCCCUUAUUUUUUCAUUUACUGUAAUUUAUCAACCUAAGAAUUCUUGCAGCGUAACUUUAAAACCUGAUAAGAUUUUCAGUGAUAGAAGAUUUCGGAAGUCUCCCAAUAAAGCAUUAAAUUUAAAAUCUAGUAAGUUAUCACGCGAUCAAUUACUGUUAUGAAAUGCAUAAUCGGUAUCGAUUUAAGUGAAUUACUCGUCUGUAAACUCGUUAAACGCUAUGUAAUGAUACACUAUUGUGGAAAUACACGUUUAUCAUAUCAUAACUUAGGAUCUUGGAAAUUGGGAACUUAAUAAAAUUACUUGAGUUUGUACGAUAACUGCUGUGAGAAAUGGAUCAAAUUGUAAUAAGUUCCCGAGUAAAAAACAAGCUGUUUUAGCGAUAUAUGUAUGAACACAUUAUUUUUAUACAUCAACUUGGGUAUUUUUGAAAACUUAGUGCUUUUGUGCAAAACAAUCUGAAUAUACAUAUUUGUUUAAUUUUCAAUAUAUAGGAUUUAUACUUAUUUAACGCUAUAUACAAACACUAAAUGCUGUUGUUCAUAUCCAUAAUGUAUUCUUCUUAAAAUUUAUCGAAAAAUUAUUGAAUAGAGUUCUUACAUUAUUUACAAGGAAAUACGGUAUAAAUCCAGUUCAGCGUGACUAUUGAAGAACAGGAACACAAAGUUGAAUCCCUUUUCCUGUUCAAGGUGUAAUUUACGAUUUCGAAAAGUCAAGAUUUUAAAAUUGUACAAAAUUUUUACAAACCGAUACGGUUUUAUAACCACAAAAUUUUAUAUAUUGCUGUUUGACUCCACUCUAUUCGCUUUUGCUAAGAAAGUACAAAAAUGUAAAAGUUAAAAGGUAAUGGCACCAAACAUUCUAAUCUAGAACCUUCAACCUUUAAAUUAAGCUUUUUAUGUUCUUAAAGUACCCAAAUUAUUUGUAUAUUUUUGGAAAUCAAACUUAUAUAUACGAUAUAUAAGAGUAGUUGUAAGCCGAAGAUGAAUUACAUCAGCUCCGUAUUCCAAAAUAGCCUUAUAAAAUGAAAGUGUUAACAGUUACAUCAACACCUUAGUACAAAUAGCGUUUUCCUUUGCGUAAUCCGGUAGUGAUUAAAUGUACCUUGGAUUCAAUCUUUCUGUCUCCACGAAUCGGUGCGCUGACGCGUGCUGUUGUUUCGAAUGCGCCCGGAACCGAACGACUGGGCACGGGAUCUCGCAAAUUUGAAUCCCGAAUCAGCCGGAGCGC